CUGUUUUGACUUGGUUGAUAACACAUGUGGUUUUUCAGUUACAGAAUUGGAAUUCUGUUCUAAACAAAGCACAUUAUAUUUUCUCUUCAACAGGAUAAUAUCUGGCUAAAAUGGAUAGCAAGUACCGUCGGAACGGUCGUCUGAUCGACGUAGUGGAUGAGGAGUGGAGGAAUGAGCAGCUGCCUCAUGAAGACAUCCAAGUUCCUCUGGAGGAACUGCCGGACCCUGAGGCAGACAGCGCUGACUCCCAUCUCACCUUGAAAGAACAGAGUAUGCGUUGGCAGGAGAAUUUCCCUGAGCCAGCAGCGAACAGUAAUUAAAACUAGGAACAAAUAAACAUAAGAGACCAGAUACCCAAAUAUUUAAACUCUCAAGCUAAAUUGUUGACAACAAGAUGUAUAAUUGUAGAAACAGAAAAAAUUGCCAAAAAGGCUCAUGGUGCCCUGACUAUAUUGAAGCAGUAUGGAAUACAUGAGUGUGGGCACAAAGAACCAAUAGCGGGGUCUAAUUGUAUAUUGUCUAUGAUUGGCAAGAGAAAUGACAAACAUUACAUUCUGGCAACACAAGACAGAGAUUUACAGGACAAGUUGAGGGAAAAAAGUGGUGUUCCACUCUUGUAUUUCCAUAAUAAAGCUCCUACAUUGGAAAAGCCUUCACAAGCAAGUUAUGCUAAAGCAGGCCAGAGCUU